UAUGGAAUUUUCCACUUGUGCUAGUGGUUAUAUGAUUUGGUACUUUUCUGCAUUGUACACUGAGAGGAAUAGGGGUAUUAUAUGAUUUGGUACUAGUGGAUAUCUUUUCAGUCCUAAAUGCCAUUCUGCCAUUAUUCAAUUUUGCUUGUGUGUUCAUUUUGAUGUGAAAAUACCUUUUUUUUUUUUUUCAAAGUACAAUUUAGUGUCAUUGCAAGUGAAUUUCUGUAUUAGCUGUCACCCUUCUAAUUGUUGGAGGAGACAUACGGCUUAGCGGGGCGACAUUGAGUGGUCCAUUAGAUGUUUCGACACCAUAUUGGAACCAAAAAACUAAUCUAUUAAUUCCAUGAGUCUUCACAUAUAUAAACCACUCUUUCUUUCUCUAUGUCUUCGAUGUGGCAUCUUAGUUCUUCAUACUCACAAGGGAAACAUACUUCAAUAGUCCCCUUUCACUUGUGAGUUGUGAAGCCCCGUGAGAGUUCAUCCUCUUUUUUUUUAUUUUUUUGACAUACAUACAUGACAUAAUCCAUGGAAGUUUCGAUACCAUAUUGAACCAAAAGACUAGUCUAUUAGUUCCAUAAGUCUUCACAUAUAUGCACUUGGGCCUUUGGCUCAGUGGUGUCAGGUUACAUAUAAGUACAUUCUCCCUCCCCAGGGCAACGGUUUGAAUUUGGCCCCUUGCGAAUUUGUUCAAAAAAGUCUUCACAUAUAUAAACCACUCUUUCUUUCUCUAUUUUUUCGACGUGGGAUCUUAGUUCUUCACCCUCACAAGGGAAAAUGAAGUACUUCAUUUUUUUUGACAUGGGUAUAAUCAUCAGAUACCAUUUGUUGGGGAGACAUACGGCUUAGCGGGGCCACAUUCAGUGGUCCAUUAGAUAUUUCGACACCAUAUUGGAACCAAAAGACUAGUCUAUUAGUUCCAUGAGUCUUCACAUAUAUAAACCACUCUUUCUUUCUCUAUUUCUUCGAUGUGGGAUCUUAGUUCUUCACACUCACAAGGGAAACAUAAUUCAACACUAAUUGGUACCAUUACUUGUCCUUCUCCUUAAAAAUUAUCCAGGAUCCUUGUCGACCAGGUGUUGAAGUUUCAGUGCAAAUUUGCCAAAAUGCUGGUGUUAAGGUACGUAUGGUGACCGGUGACAAUCUCAUUACUGCAAAAACAAUCGCUGUAGAAUGUGGAAUUCUAGAUUUAGAUGCAGAUUUGUCUGAGCCUAAUCUAAUAAUGGAAGGGAAAGAAUUCCGUGGCCUAACAGAUGUCCAGAGGGAAGAAGUUGCUGAGAAAAUAUCUGUGAUGGGGCGAUCAUCUCCUAAUGAUAAACUUUUACUUGUGCAAGCAUUGAGAAAGAGGGGAGAUGUUGUUGCUGUAACUGGAGAUGGCACUAAUGAUGCACCUGCAUUACAUGAGGUUUGAAAAUAUCUAUUUUUAUGCUAUGAAAAUUAUUGAUAUAUGGAGUAUAUUUCAUUUAUGUGGUAGUUACUCAUGUUUCAAUCAGCAUAACAUGUCCUUAGAUAUGUUCUCCUAAUUUUGUGUUAUCCCUGUAUACCUUACUAGAGCUUAGCCUCAUCAGUACCAACUAACCAUAAAAUUUUAUUCUUGCAUCCUAUCACAUGCUUUAUAUCUAUCCACCUGUCUUUUUAACUUGCAAGAUGAUUUUACACAAAAUAUCAAUAUGCCAUGGCUGUUUUGGUACCAAUUUUCAGGUUAUGAUUUUAUGUACAGAUUUUUUCACCUAUGCCAUUUGAUUGUACUCUAAAAAAACCAAAAAAAAAAAAAAAAAAUCAAUAUUGGAACUUUUUUGUUUUUGAAAUGAACAUACUGAAACUGCUUAUUGUUUGUUAAGGCACAGAAGUAGGAUAUUAUUUUUCACUUUU